CUUCUUUUCCUUCAGCAUCCUGGCGCUUAACCCAAUUAUUGUCCAGAGUUUUGUUUACCAUAUCUUAUUCCAGAACUAAUGUUGUCUUGUAGAUGUCGAAUCUCACCAUUUACGCUGACUAAACACAUCUUGGGGCCAGCAACAUCGCCCGAUCUUUUCUUUCUGACACGUCGAUGGAGCGAUAACAAUGCCCUCACAGCGGUCCAGCUCCUCAUCCUUUGAGAGACUGCCUCGACAGCCAGAAGAGUACUUGCUGAAAUCCCAAGAUGAUUCCAGCAACAGCCAAUCGGUAGCGGAAGAUGCUCGGGACAGCUUCGACCCCGCGCCCGCCGACCGCGAACAGAGCACGAGCGAGCCUCUGCUCCCAACAUCUUCUUACCGACCCGCGCAGGAGCCGACAAGGCGAUUCACCUGCACUGCUUCCGGUAUCUGGGACUGGAUCUGUGGCCCGGAGCCGCCGCACAAGUACCGGAUCAACCCCUGGCUUGCGCGAUGGCAGACCGCGCCGGACCGGCUCAUUGAGCGCUAUUUUCCUGGUAAGAAGUCGAAAGUCGCACUUCUUCUGGCUGCGCUUCUAGUAUGGGGUGUUGUAUUCAUCUCCAUUUUGCAUGCGAGCGUUACUGGGCAGGAGAUUCCAGGCCAUGGAAGUCCGGUUAAGCUCUCUUGUUGGAGUAGACUUUGGUCUAAUUCCACAAAUUGCGGUCUUGAUGGUGACUACUGUCGGCCCUUUGACCAGGAAACGCUCGCGUUCCGUUGCCCUGCGGCUUGCUCGGGGUUUAUGGUCCUGGAACCGUACUUUGUAGGCCCGCUGGAAAUCAACUACCAGAGCCUUGUCAUUGGAGGCGCUCCUCAAUCCGAGUCCGAGAUGGGAAUUUAUCGGGGAGAUUCGUCUAUCUGCCAAGCGGCAAUUCAUGCGGGACUCCUCGAUGACAGCAAAGGUGGCUGUGGCAUUCUGCGCCGAACGGGCGAGCAGGGAAGUUUUCGGGCAGUGGACAGGAAUGGCAUUUCGAGCGUCGAGUUUCCCUCAAACUUUCCGCUAUCGUUUACAUUCGACACUGGCGAGUCGCUGAAGGAUGGCAGCCUGAAGUGCCAGGACCUCCGCUGGCCACUCUUUACCUUUUCCGUCAUUGUCUCAACGCUUUUCUCCCUUGUGGUCACAUCCCCAGCCGGGUUCUACUCUGCUAUUUUCUUCAUCGUCUACUUCCAGGUCGCCCUCUCUUCCGAUCCGCCCUACUCCCCGGAUUACUACGAGAUUGUCUCGACAGCUCUCGGUCGCUUUCUCCCCUGUGCCUUUGUCGGCUUUGCAAUCUACUACUUUGCCGUUCGCCACACACUCAAAGACCUGGACGCCCACUGGGACAAGACCGUCCUCUGGCUCGGCCCCUGCUGGGUCGGCGCCCUCAACACCGACACCUUUGACAAAAUCCCCAUAUCCCGGCUCACCCCACACGACCUCCAACAACAACCCGGCGCCAUUCCCGCCCUCAUCAUCAUCAUCCUCAUCCUCCUCACCGUAGUCAUUACGCAAGCCCUCGCCUUCCGCAACGAGGGCCGCCUCCCCAAGAUGCUCGCCGUAUACGGCACCCUCGUCGCCGGCGUCCUUGCCCUCCUCGCCGUGCCAAACAUGAACCUCCGCAUCCACCACUACAUCCUCGCCCUCCUCUUCCUCCCGGGGACGACGCUGCAAACCAGACCCAGCCUCCUCUACCAGGGCCUCCUGAUGGGCCUGUUCAUCAACGGGAUCGCCCGCUGGGGGUUUGACUCUAUCCUCCAGACCUCCGCUGCGCUGCUAGACGGCGCACAGCUCGGCUCGCUCCUCCCGGAAAUCACAACCUCGCUCAUCACAUUCAACUCAGACACCUCGCUAUCCUUCUCCUUUGAAUCCCUCUCCAUUCCGCAGGAAGUCGACGGCCUAAGCGUGCUGAUCAACGACGUCGAGCGGUACCAUGCCUUCCGCUCCGACGGCGCCGAAGACGUAAAGAUACCCAAUUGGAACUGGACGAGAGUGAGGAGUGGCGAGCCGGAGUACUUUCGUUUUGGAUAUAUCAAGGAGAAUGCCCUAGGUGGGUUUUGGUAUCAGGAUUUCACGGACCCGGUUACGUGGGUCGGGGAUGGGGCGUGGAAUGGCACGUCGGCUUGAAUUUUUUUUUUUUUGGCUGAAAUUAUGGAUUUCUAGUUGGUUGAGUUUGGAAAGAUCUGAUUUAUAUUAUAGGCUAAAUAUGUGGCUGUACAGACUUGAUUUUCUAGAAUCAAUGAGACUUUCCCUAUUUAGAUGAGGCUGCUUUGAUAAGAGCGCUUAGGGGUUACUUACCAAGUGUAAGCGGCGAGGUUGGAUCGGUGGUGGUUGCCAGUCAGUCUUCACCCGCGGCGAGGUCCUAGCAAGCAAUGAGAUGUUGAGCUACAUAGGAUGUAUGAAAGAGGAAGGAGAAGCUAUA